AUGCGUCUCUCCAGCCUCUCGUUCAUCGCCCACGCUCUGCUGUUGACUGCUGUCGCAGCCCAGAGUGGUGGUGUCUCUGAUAUCCUGGAUCUCACCAGUGAGACCUCUGCGUCCAGCUCUGCUGAGCCUACAUCGACGUCCUCAUCAUCGAGCUCGACCUCUUCGACUUCCACUGAGCCCACUACUUCCAGCGAGCCUACCACUUCUUCGACUUCCUCCACUUCCUCAACCUCGUCAGCAGAGCCUACCAGCGCUGUUGCGGACCCGACCACCUCGUCUUCCUCUUCUUCUUCCUCUUCCUCUACUUCUUCCACCUCGUCCACCAAUGAAGCUGCCGCCACUACCAGCGCUGGCAGCCAAACCACUGAGGCCCCCUCCACCACCCAGACUCCUGUCGUGAAGACCAUCACUUCCUACGAGACCCGUAGCGGAUCGACCGUGGCCAACGUGAUGACCACCACUUCCACUCCCGUUGCCGAUGCCACCUCCCCCUCUCUCAACGGUGACAAGAGCUCUGGCUCCAGCGGUGUCUCUUCCUCCGACAAGAAGAUCAUCAUCGGUGUUGUGGUCGGCGUCGGCGGUGCCAUUCUGAUCGGUGCCCUCGGCCUCGUCUUCUGGAGAAUCCACAAGAAGCGCAGCGAGCAGUUCGGUGACGAAGAUGAUCUGAUGGGCGGUACCGCCGUCGGCUCCGGUCCUCGCGAGAAGGCCCCCAGCCCUGCCGGCAACACCCCCUUCAAGAACACACUGGACCAGUAUCACAACCCUGGCCCUGUCAACGCUGCCUCCAACUUCUAA